AUGGUGUUAGCCGAUUUGGGUAAGCGGAUCAACUCUGCCGUCAAUGGAGCUCUGUCUAAUACGCAAGAUGACUACGCUACGACCGUGGAUUCCAUGUUGAAAGCGAUCGUCACUGCUCUACUGGAAUCAGAUGUUAACAUUAAAUUGGUUUCGAAGCUUAGGAAUAAUCUAAAAACCAAAUUGCUUGACUCUAAGGCCAGUGGUAGAUCUACAUCGAACGGACAGGUGAAAAAGCUGAUUCAGAAGGCAGUCUUUGAUGAACUAUGUGAUCUUGUAGAUUGCCAAACGGGAGAACCGUUCCAACCCAAGAAGAAGAAAACUAACGUGAUUAUGUUUGUCGGUUUGCAAGGUUCUGGUAAGACAACAUCAUGUACCAAAUUGGCUGUUUAUUACGCCAGAAGAGGAUUUAAGGUCGGGCUGGUCUGUGCGGACACUUUCCGUGCUGGUGCCUUUGAUCAAUUAAAACAGAAUGCUAUUAAAGCCAAUAUACCCUUCUAUGGUUCUUAUACUGAGACAAAUCCUGUAAAGGUAGCUGCAGAAGGUGUUGCCAAGUUCAAGAAGGAAAAGUUCGAAGUAAUUAUCGUGGAUACUUCCGGUAGACAUCACCAGGAGGAAGCACUAUUCCAGGAAAUGGUCGAAAUUUCAAGCGUGGUCAAGCCUAAUCAGACUAUCAUGGUAUUAGACGCGUCCAUUGGUCAAGCCGCCGAACAACAAUCGAGAGCGUUCAAAGAAUCCGCAGAUUUUGGUGCCAUCUUGUUGACCAAGAUGGAUGGCCAUGCAAAAGGUGGUGGUGCCAUUUCAGCAGUAGCUGCUACCAAUACUCCUAUCAUCUUUAUCGGUACUGGUGAGCAUAUUCACGAUUUGGAGAAGUUCUCACCGAAAUCUUUUGUCUCCAAACUUCUGGGUAUAGGAGACAUUGAGAGUCUACUCGAGCAGUUCCAGACUGUUUCCAAUAAGGAAGACACGAAGGCAACCAUGGAAAAUAUUCAGCAAGGUAAAUUUACUCUUCUAGAUUUCAAGAAACAAAUGCAGACUAUCAUGAAGAUGGGGCCACUAUCGAAUAUAGCGCAAAUGAUCCCGGGGAUGGGGAACAUGAUGAGUCAAGUAGGAGAAGAGGAAACUUCAAAAAAGAUGAAAAAAAUGGUUUAUGUCUUAGAUUCUAUGACGAGGGAAGAGUUAGAAUCUGAUGGGAGAAUAUUCAUCGAUCAACCUAGCAGAAUGGUUAGAGUCGCCAGAGGUUCAGGAACAUCUGUAUUCGAAGUGGAAAUGAUCUUAAUGCAGCAACAGAUGAUGGCAAAGAUGGCACAAUCUACAAAAGCAGCACAGCAGGGUGGUGGUAUGCCAGGAAUGCCAGGAAUGCCCAAUAUCCCCGGUAUGCCCAAGAUGACCCCACAAAUGAUGCAAAUGGCUCAGCAAAAGCUAAAACAGAACCCAAGUUUGAUGAAAAACAUGCAAAGUAUGCUCGGUGGAGGUGGUGGCUUCCCAGGGAUGGGAGGUGGUAUGCCCGAUAUGAACGAAAUGAUGAAGAUGAUGCAAGACCCUCAAAUGCAACAGAUGGCCAAGCAAUUUGGUAUGGGAAUGUAA